AUGGCGGAUCUCACAGCUGCAACUCAGGCGCGGGCAACUACGCACCCCCUCAAGUUGAAGAAAGCAAUCCCCAGCUCAUUCGAACCCGCCAAUCUUGACAAGAACGGCGUCAGUUUGCCGGCGCCCAACUUCCGAGAGGUCGCUGGCGAUGUGGCCGAACCUCCACCCACCUCGACAUCCGAAGGCCAACCAGAGACCCAAUCUUUCAAGCCACAACGCGGGAAGAAGCAGAGAAAUGGCUAUGAGAACGACAGCGGGAGUGAUUCCGAUGACAAGGACCCCAGAUACAACAAGGGGCACGUCGACAACUCUGCUGUGCGCCGGCGGACCAAGAAACCGGUGAAGGGACAGCCUACAGAUCUCGUCAGGGUUGGCGAGGUCCCGACACCAAUGUCAUUAACACCGGAGGAGACAGCGCAUGAAACACUCGGGGGACCAUGUACCGCCUUCGACGCGACGAAAGAGUCGGACUUGCUUGAGGAUCUCAUCAGGCGAGCCGAAGAGGAGCUGAUUUUAAGAAGGGGACGACUCAAUGAGUUCUCCAAGAGACCGUCGCAUUCAAAUACCUCGAAGCUACUCGGGAUUAUCCAGGACCUGCAUGACGCUUUAGCGAAUAUCCCCAGAAGUUCGAACUGGUAUGAACGGGGGUCCCACCUGCAUCUCGUCAACUCUAGAUUUCGCGGCGACUGCAUCAUUACGCUCAGCACCUUUUCCGCAAUACUCGAGAGCAAGAUCCUGGGGGACUUGAAAGAGCGCGUCAUGCUGGGACCUGAUGCUGGUCCAUCUAUCUCUGAGGCGAUGGGACUCGCUCCCUGCGAGACGCCAGAGCAAUGUCAACAAGAUGAGAGUAUUCCUCCUCAGUACGUAGACUGGGCCUUUCAGCAGGAGGUUGAUUUGACGGGGCCCCUUUCUCUCAUACUGAUCAAGGGGGGCAACCCAGCGUCGAUCAAGAAAGUCUCGUGGGGGGAUGCAGACCGCCUUGGGUGGUCCCAGAUCAACGCGUUCAACCCAUCACAGCCAGAGGCAACGCCAAGAUGGUUCCGCUACGAGUAUGAUGAAAUACGAGGCCAUGCUUUCAAGAUAGCCAUUGAUGGGGAGGUAUUGGGCCUGUGGACUUCAAGCGGUGACAUUGCCUGGGAGGAGCGAAGCAUAGAACACAAAUACCGCCAACCUACAAGCUGGUCAUCCCUGGGGUGA